ACGGCGGCUGCUGGCGGCGGAGCGUGGUGGCCAGGCUGCGGCGCGGGCGGCACACCAGCGGCGGCGAACCAUGGUCGGCACCGCGUUCAUCAUUCUUGCGGCUACCGCGACGCUGGUGACGAGUCAGCGAAACCCGUCCAUAUCGUACAUCAGUGAGGACACCACUGCUGACAUCGGAGGAACCGCGGAGCUAAAGUGCUCCGUCCAGUUUGCUGGAACCUACCCCGUCAUCUGGAUCAAGAAAGCCGGAUCUUCAGGCAUUGGAGGAAACAGCAAAGAUGUCAUAAUCUCCACGAAGUCCAUUCUUAUCGCGCGCGAGAGCCGCUUUGCCCUACGUCACGACCCAGGAAGCUCCACCUACACGCUUCAGAUCAGCGACAUACAGGAGACGGACCAGGCCACGUAUGAGUGCCGCUGCCAGAUAAACCUGCAGACGUCCGUGAGCGGGACGGUACGCCUGAGCGUCCGGCUACCGCCCGUCAUCUCAGACAACUCCACGAGGUCGGUAAUUGCGUCGGAGAAGGAGCGUGUUGUGCUCUCCUGCUACGCCACCGGUUUUCCGCCGCCUGAAAUCACCUGGAGAAGGGACAACAACGCCCUGCUGCCCACGGGCAGCUCCAUCUAUCGCGGAAAUGUGCUGAUCAUCCACAACAUCAAGAAGGAGGAUCGCGGCAUGUACUACUGCGUGGCCACCAACGGCGUCAGCAAAGGAUCCAAGCGUAACGUGGCUGUCGAGGUGGAAUUUCCACCUGUCAUCAACGUGCCGCGACCCAAAGUCCACCAGGCGCUCCAGUACGACAUGGACCUGGAGUGCCUCGUCGAGGCGUACCCUGCGCCUCGCAUCACCUGGCUAAAGGAUGACAUUGUACUGAACAACAACCAGCACAACAAGAUGUCGGACUUCACGACCACCGACCAGACGACGGACAGCACCCUGCGCGUGCUCUCGGUCGAGCGCAAACAGUACGGCUCGUACACCUGCCGCGCCUCCAACCGACUGGGCAUUGCCGAGGCUCAGCUGCAGCUGUUGGAGACGUACUCGCCAGUGUGUCCGCCGGCGUGUAACGCCAGCGCAGCCAGCCGGCUGGUGCUCAGCGCCGGCGCGCUGGCGGCCGCCCUCGUCGCCGCCCUGGCCGCCGCCCUCGCCGCCAGGCCAGCUGCGCGCCGCUGAGCGACGAACCGGGAGGUGACCCGCAUCUGGGCAACAUCCAGCCCUCGUCAGGAUGCCCGGCUGCUGGUGGCCGCCCACCGGCUCUCCUCAGUCCGGCUGCCGUUCCAUACGCCACUUGAGAGAGAGUGCCGAGCGUUGGGGCUGGCUUCCGUCUCCCAGUCCAGCGGCCGGACCGGCGCCGCUCUCGCACGGCGUCCGGCCGGCGAGACCGUGUCGGCGCGACGCCGCUGCCAAACGGCAGUCGUCGUGUGCCUCCAGCACGCCGGCCCCGGGCGGGUCGCUGCGGCGACGCCGACCGGCCGUCGAGACGCUGGGCGCCGGACCGGCCGGGCCGACCGGGCAGGAGCGCCAGGCAACUCUCCAGACUGCUGAGCUGGCACGGGCCAUGCCUGGAGUCACCGGACGUGCGCCCUGAAAUGGUGAUCCAGUUGAGGUGGCCGUGUCUGUGCCCAUCCGACGCGAAUGAUGAAUGGUAUGCACAUGUGGUUGAAUGAGUGCCGCCCAGCCCCACGGACUUCGCCAGUUCUCACGCGGCGAUAGUGCGGAAUCAACCGUGUGGCGAUACGAUGCGACGCGACUUGCUCCGUUUUCUACUUAUGCCUAGCUUACAUGCCGUUGUCAAGUUUAACUUGUGUAAUGCACCAUUAUGUGUGUAUGCAGUCCGGUUCAUCAUUUGACUCGUCAGAAUUUUUGCGGACCCUGUGUCUGUUUUAGUUGGUCGGUGCUCAACACCGAGCUCAUCUCGGCGUUGAGCACCACGUUGUAACGGAUAACGAACACGGCGGGAUUUUCGUCAUCCAGCACGGUAUUGGCGUCGUGCUGUCGUCUUCGGCGCGUUGUCCGAACGGUGCGGUAGGGUGGAACUAGCCGCGGGCGAAACGCUCCGGACUACAUGAGUGCUCUCGCAUGGAUGAAGGGCGACACCUCUAGAAUCGCAAAGUUAGUUGCCUGUGUUUGCGUGUGAAGGUUAGCUGUGUACAUCUAUUGUCUGUGUUUGCGUGUGUAGGUUAGCUGAGGGCUUUUAUAUUCCAGCAUGAUUUUGAAUCUCUGAUGUGAAAUGUGCAACCCCAGACCACAUUCUGUUUAAUACAUGUUUAUAAAAAUGA